CAGAGUUAACUACCCUUUAGAGGAAAUGGCGCCUUGUUUAAGUUUCGAUGGCAAGUCAAACGACAAAUGAAUAUAAAUAGUAAAUCAAGAAAGAAAAAAAUAUUUAUAGCUAGUAUAUUUCUUAGUUGUAGUUACCUAUGAUAAUACUAGGAUGAGUGGGAAAAAGAACCGUCGACGAUCAAGUUUGGCUCCAAACCGAGUAUCUAUGGUAACUGUCACAGAUUCCAGAGGUCCAGAACUUCACAGGUUGAUUGAUCCUGAUCUUCCAGAUGAAAUUAGGCUUGCUAAGCUGUCUUCUGUUUGUCUAGAGCACACACUGCAGAAUAUGGGCAUGGAGGACUGUCCUCACUUUGACUGGUUCAAGAAGACAGCACAAGAAAACAUUGGAAGUCUAAUUUCUCAACUACAGGAGGAUGGUGUCUUUGAACAAGCUUGUCAAAAAGACAGGUUACUACCAAACCCUGUUAAUGAAGACCUGGAUGCAAGAAUAGCAGAUGCAGAAUUAUCCAUUAAUGGCUUGGAAAGUGAAAAGCAGAAAUGGGAUGAUAUUUCCAACGAACUUGAUGAGAAGGUUAAACAAGCCGAGUUGGAAAAGGAAAAGAAGGAAGUGCAUGUUUCCCGCCUGCCUGACAGUGUGAAGAUUCAGUCGAGGGAUUACUACACUCCUACUUCUGAUUACCAGGUCAUGGUAACCGACGUCCAGCAACACGUCAACAAAGCCGCAUUGUCGAUGGAAGAAAGUUGCUGUUCGGUAAACCUUCUUCAAACAAGCCACCAGAAAGUUUCAGCUCUACUAGAGACCGGAUGCAAUCAGCUCUGGAAAGAAUCAUUUCAGGAUGUUGGGAGUCCACGGCAGCAACUAACGAGUCGGUUGGCUGUACCAGAUCACAGUUCAGAUCAACACAUUAAUGGAGAAAUGUAAUCUGGAUUUUUAAAAAUAUACAUAUUGUAAAUAGUA